CAGCAUCUCGGCGGUGGAUGAAACGCUUCCCGCCUUCUGUCUCUCUUUGUUUUGUCGUUGUUGUGUAUUCGGACGUCAGAGUCGUUUGGUCUGUGAGCUCCGGGGGGAUGGGGGAAUGAUCAGCACCGGCUCCCCUUCGGUCGGUCUGCGUGUCCCCCGUCAGUCGUCGGAGCGCUGCACAGGAUGCGGGUCCCGCUGCUCGGCCGAGCCGCGGUGUUCGCAGCGCUGCUGUCCGUCAGCAGCUGUUUAACAGGAUCUCAUUUGUGCCCUCGGGCACUGGAUUGUGCACGGGCAGGACGCCACUUUUGCCAGCCGGGCAGCUCACACUGUGGCCCCUGUCUGCGGCUCCUGGUGGAGAACUCGCAUGGUCGGUGUGUGGUCAGGAGGAGACACACUCCUCAUUCUGGUCACUCCACUAAAGGGAAGACAAGCGCUUCCCCAGAGCUGGACGAGCAGAUCGACUUCCUGUCAGCUAUCAUCAGUGAACAGCGGCAGACUGAGACCAGGCUGCCGGCUCCGCCCUCUCAGGAUGUCACCAACCACGCUUCUAAGGGUGCACUUAUCCCCACCCACAGCCUGGAUACAGCAGAGCAACCGACCAAUCGGAGCACCUUGUUCAUCACCACAGCUCCACCCACAACCACAAACCACACCCCCACUCUACUCAGCGGCCCCAUCAUCCUCCCAUACCCGUCCAAUGAUAAUGUUUUCAUAAUCAUGAGCAGCGUCUUCAUCGUGGCGGCCUCACUGGCAUUGAUCAUCGCUGCAGCCUGUUGGAUUCGAUUGCAGAAAAGUGUUUGUGUGACUCAGAAGUUGGGUUACCCCGUUUACGGACUGAUGAGAGAACAAACCUUUGACACUUUGCCGGGGGACAAGAAGCUGGCCCACAGUGCCCAGAUGUACCACUACCAGCACCAGAAACAGCAGAUGCUCUGUCUGGAGAAACAGAGGAAUGAGUCAAAAGUUACCGAGUCAGGAGCAACAACAGAUGAGGAGAAUGAGGAUGGAGAUUUCACAGUGUAUGAGUGUCCUGGAUUGGCACCAACGGGGGAGAUGGAGGUGAAGAAUCCACUGUUUGAUGACUCCACACUUUACCUUCAGCGGGUCCACAAAUAAGCCGAACUUCAGAUGUGUCACAGAGCAGCCUGCGUGCGUGCGUGUGUGUGUGUGUGUGUGUGUGUGUGUGUGUAAAGGUGCAUUUACACACAUGCACACACGCCACCACAGGUGUGGUCUGUCCAAUGCCUUUAAAGGACACGAUGGACACGGGAUUUAAGGAUGACAUGGACAUUUGAAGGAUGUUGCGGGAUUGGUUCCCCGUUUUAAAGUGGACUGGAUCUGGGAAC